AUGUUUACCUUUCCCUUCAUAUGGGAUAAAAGACGUUCGAUGGCGAUUUCAUUGUUUGAUGAUUUUCAGCCGGUUGUUUCACCAGAUAUCCAAUACAAAUAUGACAAGUUUGGCUUAGGUUUCACUUCAAGUGCUCAGAAGGCUAUACGUCGCACUCGUGUUGGAGGACCACCCCUGAAGAUCAGCAACCGUGAAGUCAACGCGGUAGAGGAUGAUGAAAAUGGUUGCAACCUGGAGGAUUGGAUCUUCCAACUAUCAGUGGAAGGCUCAAUAAUUGGGAGGAUAGAGAUUUUGUCCCGGUCACUUUUAUCCCAUAAUAAUUUGUCUUUACAUUUUGUUGGAUCUGUAAUAUUAAAACAAUUCAAACUCUUAAAACCUUGUGUCUUACCCGAGGCACAAUUGGUCCAUUUGUAA